AUGGCCGCCCAAGCCACCAGCGUUCUGUACGUCCACGAAUCCGUCAAGAUACCCACAUCUCGAAGAGGUCCCUCACAGAAAGGGAAAGAACGAGUCGAUGCCGUGCCGCUGGAAACUCGAGCGACACGCCACGCACGAAAUCAACCUCAACCACUCCCCGAAGCAAGUUCAUCCGCGAACAAGCGCAGUCACGAUGAGUUGAUGGGGGAAGACGACGGAUCCCCGGGCGUGGAAGACGAAGGGGAAGCGGAAGAUGCCGCGCCACAACCCAAGAAACGCCGCGGCCGUAAACGCACCGCCCCUAAAGAACCCGACGUCGACUCCGAGCUCGUCACCAUCGUUCCCAACAUGGUCGCCAUGUCCGACCUCUGCCGCGACCUGCCGCAGGGCCAAGUCUCCGAGCGCGAGAAGGCGAUGCGCAAGAUCGACUGGGCGGAAGUCAAGCGACGGCGACGCGAGCUGGACCUCGCGGCGGGGCAACCGCACGACGAGGCGGCCGAGCGGGCGAUCCGGCGACCGGCGGCGGGGGAGAGCGGGAUGGAGACGCGCAUCGUCAACGGAGAGAUGAUCAUCGUUAACAAUGACACGGUGCAGGCGGUCAACCGGCACGCGGACGCGGAGAUGGAGGAGCAGGCGCUGGAGGCGGUGGAGGAAGAUGACCUGACGAAUUUCGUGAACCGGUCGUCGUGGAUUAAUCAGAAUCGACGGGAUCCGGCGGACCGGGUGUCGUACAAGGGCAACCGAAAGUGGACGGGGGAGCAAACGGACGAGUUCUACGAGGCGCUGCGGAUGGUCGGCACGGAUUUCCUCAUGCUCAGCCAGAUGCUCCCGGGGCGGACGCGGCGCGAGGUGAAAUCCAAAUUUGUCCGCGAAGAGCGCAUCGAGCCGGACCGGGUGCGCGCGUGCCUCAUCUCCCACUCGAUCCCCUUCUCCUUCGACGAGUAUCGCGAGAAGACGGGGCAGGAGGAGGUCGAGUUCGUGGAUCCGGCGGAGGUGCAGCGGGAGAUUGACGAGGAGCGGGCGAGGAUGCUGGCGCUGGCGGAUAAGGAUCGGUCGAGGACGGUGGGGAUUGUGAGGCGGAAAGGGGUGGACGGGGCGGAGGGAGAAGGGGGGCCGGUGGAUGAGGGGGGUAUGGAACCGCCGAGACGGGGGAGGAAGGCUGAAGGGAAGAAGAAGAAGGGGAAGGGGAAAGUGGAGGAUGUGGAGAUCCUGGGCCUCAUUGACGAUUGA